AUGAACUUUUCUAUAACGGUUCUGCCGGGUGACGGCAUAGGUCCUGAGGUCGUCUCUGAGGCGGUCAAGGUCAUGAACGCAGUCGGGAAUCGCUUUGGCCAUUCAUUCGGCACCACGUAUGGCAGGGUCGGCGGCAACGCCAUUGACGACUUCGGCACGCCAUUGCCCGACGAUACAGUAGAGAUGUGCCGCGACACCGACGGCAUUCUGUUUGGAGCGGUCGGCGGUCCCAAAUGGGAUGAUCCGCGCGCCAAGACACGACCGGAAGACGGCAUCCUGGCCAUCCGCAAGAGCCUUGGACUGUUCGCUAACCUUCGCCCGGUGAAGGUCUAUCCUCAGUUAAUAAACUCCAGCCCGAUCAAGCCGCACUUGCUGGAGGGCGUUGACAUGAUAAUAGUGCGCGAGUUGACCGGCGGCUUGUACUUCGCCAAGCCAAAGAAGCGCUGGGACACAUCGAGAGGACGGCGUGGCGUGGAUACCCUGAAGUACACCGAGCAGGAGAUUGAACGCAUCAUUCGUGUAGGAUUUGAACUGGCGCAGGGCCGCCGCAAGCGCCUAACAUCUGUGGACAAGGCAAAUGUGCUCGAAACGGGAAGGCUUUGGCGCGAGAUCGCAACCGAAGUAGCGGAUGACUACCCAGAUGUAGAGCUUGAGCACGUUCUCGUUGACGCCGCUGCAAUGCAAUUGAUUAGCAAUCCCGCGCACUUCGACGUCAUCGUUGCUGAGAACACCUUCGGCGAUAUACUAACCGACGAGGCAUCCGUGCUCGCAGGUUCUAUGGGCAUGCUGCCCUCUGCCAGCCUCUCCGGAUUGCCCAAGCCGAGCGGUCGCGGCAAGCGUCCCGUAAGUCUGUACGAACCUAUUCACGGCAGCGCCCCCGACAUCGCGGGACAAGGUAUUGCCAAUCCCAUCGGCACCAUCCUGAGCCUGGCUUCCAUGCUGCGCUACUCGUUGGGUCUCGAAGCCGAGGCGCAGGCUAUUGAGCAGUCCGUGGAAGGCGUUCUAGCAGAGGGUUACCGCACGCCGGACAUCGCAGGCGAUGGCGGCGAGGUAUGCAAGACGACCGAAAUGGGCGAUGUCAUUGCCGGACGGGUGUAG